AUGGGGGACGUAGUAAAGGACUUGACUGCCGGGACUGUUGGGGGUGCAGCACAGUUGAUAGUUGGCCACCCCUUCGACACAAUCAAGGUCAAGCUCCAGAGCCAGCCUGCUCCACUCCCUGGCCAAGCUCCCAAGUAUGCUGGGGCAGUGGAUGCUGUCAAGCAGACUUUAGCUGCUGAAGGCCCAAGGGGGUUAUACAAAGGUAUGGGAGCUCCACUUGCUACUGUGGCAGCCUUCAAUGCUGUUCUUUUCACAGUGAGGGGACAAAUGGAGGCAUUGCUGAGGUCUCAACCUGGUGCCCCACUUACAGUUAACCAGCAAGUUGUUGCUGGCGCAGGUGCUGGAGUUGCUGUUUCUUUUCUUGCUUGUCCCACUGAAUUGAUCAAGUGCAGGUUGCAAGCACAAAGUGCAUUGGCAAGUUCAGACUCAGCAGCGGUGGCAGUGAAGUAUGGAGGGCCAAUGGAUGUGGCCAGACAUGUUCUCAAAUCAGAAGGUGGUGUGAGGGGUCUCUUCAAGGGCUUGGUUCCUACUAUGGCACGUGAAAUUCCUGGAAAUGCUGCCAUGUUUGGUGUCUAUGAAUUGCUGAAGCAGUCUCUUGCAGGAGGCCAGGAUACUUCUCAGUUGGGAAGGGGUUCUUUGAUUCUAGCUGGUGGCUUAGCUGGUGCUUCCUUUUGGGCAUCUGUCUACCCAACUGAUGUUGUCAAAAGUGUCCUUCAGGUAGAUGAUUACAAAAAUCCCAAGUUCUCUGGCUCCAUUGAUGCAUUUAGAAAGAUCCUGGCGUCAGAAGGUAUCAAAGGCUUGUACAAGGGUUUUGGCCCUGCCAUGGGUCGAAGUGUCCCCGCGAAUGCAGCAUGCUUCUUGGCAUAUGAGGUGACAAGGUCUAGCUUAGGGUGA